GCCCCAGUAAUAUACAUAUUAAAUUAUUUCAUUUCCCUGUACAGCUUGGUUCUUUAAUCCACUGUGUGUCUGGUCGCUAGGCAUAAGAUUUUUAGAAUCAUGGAGCAGGGGAGUAAAAUGAGCCUCGGCCGAAACUUCCGGAUUUCCAGGCCAUCAGAGGAGAGGAAAUUCCUGAUGCCACGAUCCCAGGGUUUUCCAGAGCUGAAGAAUGACACGUUCCUGCGAGCAGCCUGGGGAGAAGACACAGACUACACUCCCGUUUGGUGCAUGCGGCAGGCAGGCCGCUACUUACCAGAGUUUAGGGAAACUCGGGCUGCUCAGGACUUUUUCAGCACCUGUCGCUCCCCAGAGGCCUGCUGUGAAUUGACUUUGCAGCCACUGCGUCGCUUCCCUCUGGAUGCUGCCAUCAUCUUCUCUGAUAUCCUUGUUGUACCCCAGGCACUGGGCAUGGAGGUGACUAUGGUGCCUGGCAAAGGGCCUAGCUUCCCAGAGCCAUUAAGAGAAGAGCGGGACUUAGAACGUCUCCGGGAUCCAGCAUCAGUGGCCUCCGAGCUGGGCUAUGUAUUCCAGGCCAUCACCCUCACCCGACAACGGCUGGCUGGGCGUGUGCCGCUGAUUGGCUUUGCUGGUGCCCCGUGGACUCUGAUGACAUACAUGAUUGAGGGUGGCAGCUCAAGCACCAUGGCUCAGGCCAAGCGUUGGCUUUACCAGAAACCACAGGCUAGUCACCAGCUGCUUCACAUCCUCACUGAUGCUCUGGUCCCAUAUCUGGUGGGACAAGUGGCUGCUGGUGCCCAGGCAUUGCAGCUCUUUGAGUCCCAUGCAGGGCAUCUUGGCCCACAGCUCUUCAGUCAGUUUGCGCUGCCCUACAUCCGUGAUGUGUCCAAGCGGGUGAAGGCCAGGCUGCAGGAGGCAGGCCUGGCACCAGUGCCCAUGAUCAUCUUUGCUAAAGAUGGACAUUUUGCCCUGGAAGAGCUGGCCCAAGCUGGCUACGAGGUGGUUGGGCUCGACUGGACAGUGGCCCCAGAGAAAGCCCGGGAACGUGUGGGAAAGACGGUGACCUUACAGGGCAACCUGGACCCCUGUGCUCUGUAUGCAUCUGAGGAGGAGAUCGGACGGCUGGUGCAGCAGAUGCUGGAUGACUUUGGGCCACAGCGCUACAUUGCCAACCUGGGCCAUGGACUUUACCCUGACAUGGACCCAGAACACGUCGGGGCCUUUGUGGAUGCUGUGCAUAGACACUCACGUCUGCUUCGACAGAACUGAGCAUACACCUUUUCCCUCAACUACCACUAACAAAGAUGAUUGUUUCCAGGAGAAUAAAAGUUGUAGAGUUGGAAUCUAA